GUUAUUAUGGUGAUGGGUUAAAUGCAAUUGUUGUAUUUGCUGUUUGCUUUAUGCCUGAAAGUAGCCAGCCUAACUACAGAUACCUAAUGGACAAUCUAUUUAAGUAUGUAAUUGGCACUUUAGAGCUGUUAGUAGCAGAGAACUAUAUGAUAGUUUACCUGAAUGGUGCAACAACACGGAGAAAAAUGCCAAGUUUAGGCUGGCUUAGGAAAUGUUAUCAGCAAAUUGAUAGAAGGUUAAGGAAAAAUCUGAAAUCAUUAAUCAUAGUUCAUCCUUCUUGGUUCAUCAGAACACUUCUUGCCAUCACAAAACCUUUUAUUAGCUCAAAAUUCAGCCAAAAAAUUAGGUAUGUCUUUACCCUGGCAGAACUAGCUGAACUCAUCCCCAUGGAAUAUGUUGGCAUCCCAGAAUGCAUAAAACAGUAUGAAGAAGAAAAGUUUAGAAAGAAACAGAAAAGAGUUGACCAAGAGCUGAAUGGAAAACAAGAGCAGAGAAGUGAACAGUAAGUUUGGAGUCCAAACAAGACUGAAGAAUAUGCAGAUGGAAUUACGCUAUUUUUGCUCCACUUACAAUGCAUUCUUUGUGUGUGUAUAUAUUAUCUAACCUGUUGCAAAAGGUGCUUAGUUUCUAUCGACUAGCACACGGUGGACUGCUUACUGCUGUAUUGGUUUGUCUUGACUUUAAUAGCUGUGUUUAUGUAAUCAUUUUAUACUGCUAAAUGUCAAAGAACCCUCUGUUUUUGGAGGAUGUUCUUGCAAUUGUUUAUCUAAAUGAUGCAUGUUCUUCAGUAAAAUAUUUAUAUACCUAAAUGUUAAAGGAAAGAGAUAAUAUAUAUUUUUAUGACUGAGCAAUAUAUUGUUUGUGUACCUGCUGAAAGAAUUCAUUUGCAGGUGGACAAGGCCAUAAGUUACUUGUUAUUGUAUAAAUCUAUUUUGCUGUAAAUGGUCAAGUGCAUUUCUUCGUUGUCAUAAGAACCUUAGUUUGUUUGGAUAUUAACAAUCACAUAAUGUAGUCUUUCACAAGUAUGGAGAUCUUUAUUUUUGUUCACAUACCUAA